ACAGGGAGUGCAGACACUGAACUGAGCACCCGCUGAGCACAUACAUGCCAAGAGACAGCAAAGCUGUACGACACAAACUGAAAGUCAACUCUCAAGAUGAAGGCCGCCUUUGUCACCAUCACUCUCCUGGUCCUGGUCCUGGCUCUCGGCUGGACGUCUGAGGCCGUACAAGUCGAAGAAAAUGGACAGAUUUUUUCACUGGAGGCCGUCAAGAGGCUUCAGGAGCUGAUGCGGAGCAGAGGGUCAAUGGGACAACAAAACCCAAGACACAGGGCCAGCACUGUGUCCCUCUGUGCCGACCCCAUGCUGCCACAGGAGUUCAUGCCUCUCUGUAAGCAAAGAGGAGCGUCCGCAUCUCUCACCAGACUAGAUAUGGUUCCCAUGGACGUCUGUGAGAUCUGUGCAUUUGCCGCCUGCACUGGCUGUUAAACAAAGCCAGCAAGCCAGAAGCAACUGGGUCGAGCUUAAGAAAUGUGAAUUUUCAUCUGCCUGCAGUGAUGAAACAAUGACUUUCUUUUCCUUGAAUACUGUGGUUCUGACUCUGUCCUGCUAGACACUUU